AUGGCCGAGCCGGCCACAACACAGCCGCCGGCUGCGGUCUUGCCCGUUAUUCUUCCCUCGGCACCAAAAGGCUGGAAGCGGCGAGCGAGCGCGGCAUGUUCAUACUGCCAGUGGCGCAAGAUCCGCUGCAACGUAGAAGCGGGAAUCCCGUGCAACAAUUGCAAGCUGGAGAACGUCGUGUGCCGCAUCACGAAGAGACGGAUGACAAAACAGGACAGAGCGGCCCAGCUCCGACAACAACAACAGCAGCAGCAGCAGCAGCAGCAGCCGCCGCCGCCUGCAGCGAGGGCCAUGUCGGCCAGCACCAACCCCAAUGUCAUUGAACCCAAUGCUCAGAUGCGGACACCGCUUCCACAAAUCGUUCCAUUUCAGAGUGCGUCGGUUCGCUCGGUCGAGCGCCAGUCCAUCGAGCGCCCGAUACCCUUAGCCGACCUGGAAAGCUCCCCCGUCCUGGGCAUCAGCUCGGAAACUUCUCAUCAAGGAAACUCCAAGGACCCGGCCUUUCCCAGGUCCCCCAGUCUACGGUCCGCUCACUCCUCCAGCACGACCAUUGAGCAGAUCCAGCGACGGUUGGUGAACAAACCAACCCUGCCAGGCUAUUUCGCGCCCGUCCCCGACCACCUGGCGAACGCAGAUCUGGAGUACCUGCAGAAAAAGGGCUCCUUCGACAUCCCCAGCGACGGCUUCCGUGAUGCCGUGCUUUGUAGCUACGCCGAGUUCGUCCAUAUUUACAUGCCCGUCCUGAGCAUCGAUGACUUCCUGAUGGAUGUGGCCGGUCUAAGAGGCUUCAAUGGCAGUGUCAGCCUGCUGCUCUUUCAAGCGGUCAUGUUUCUUGGCUGCGCGCAUGUUGACAUCAAGCUGCUGCGCAUGAUGGGCUUUCUGACUCGCAAGGCGGCGAGGCGGGCCCUUUAUCAAAGAACCAAGGCACUGUACUAUCUCGGAUACGAGCAGAACAGGAUCCAGGUCAUUCAAGCUCUGCUCCUUCUCUCCACCUGGUAUGAUAUCCCUGACGAUCAGGAAGACGGCUAUCACUGGCUUCAGAUCGCUGUCGGCCUGGCGCAUAGGGAAGGCCUUAGCAAGGAUCCGACCCCCCUGGACAUGUCCGAGUCCGAAAAGCACGUCCGGAAAUGUCUGUGGUGGUGCCUUCUCAAUCGCGACCCCCUCCUCGCGGUCGGGGCGAAGCGGCCCAUCUCCAUUCGACCACACGACUGGAAUGUCCCCGAGCCUGCACUCGAUGACUGGAAAGUCCAGGACACGGCCGGCCUCAAAGCUUUUACACUCGACUGGAGUCGGCGGAAGUGGGACAUGCUCCGCACGGUCUUCGUCAGUCAAUGCAAGCUUCAUCGCCACUUGAGCAAGAUCAUGGCGGACCAGUACGUGAUGGCAGAACAUCACUCCCACCGCCACCGCACGUCCGUGGAUCCUACGAGCACCCGAGUCCAGCUCAUGCCCGUCACGACCGACGAGGCAUGGGUGUCGAUGCGAGAAUCCGAAAGCAAUCUGCGCACUUGGCGAGAAAAUCUCCCGCCGGAUCUCGAAUCCACUCAAGUACCCGUAAAACCUUUGGAUGAGAACUUGGAGGCCUUUGCGGUGAUGCGGGCGAUGCUUCAUCUGCUGUACCACCUGUCCAUCAUCUCGAUGUAUCGCCCGUGGCUUCGCCACCCCCAUCUGACCCGGGGCUGCUCCCCUGCAUCGACCGAGGAAGGCUUUCAAGACAUGAUCCGAACAUCGAUCCGGACCUCAGCACACUCCAUCACGGAGCUCGUCGUCGAGCUUCACAAUGCCGAUCUAGCCCGCCACCUCCCCCAGUCCGUGUUGAGCUGCAUGAUCGCGUCGAUCGUCAUCCACAUCUCUGACCUGUGCUCCAAGGACGAGUCGCUCCAGGAACCGGCUCUGCGUGACUUUGAGCAGACUUCGCACAUCAUCAACGAGCUGCGCGAAAACUACUACUCGGCCGACUUUCUAGGCGAUUUUGUGGACCUGGUCGCCUCGACCAAGAGACUCUGCCAUCGCGCACCCGUACGUAGCGAGCCGCUGCGCAGCCGAACAUUUGUAACCUUCAACUUGGAGGACCAGUCGACGGCGUUCCAGAAGUUUCUAGGUGAAGAGGAGGACCCUAAAGCCGAGCCUGCCACAGAAACAGCUGUGCCAGCUCCCAACGCGCCUUUUCCCAAUCCAACCGAGCUGCCACCGGGCGUCUCGCCCUUGGCGUUCCAUGAAGGCUUCUGGGGCCUGAUGGAGGAGCCGACCGAUGCGGCUCAAAGCUGGCAAUAUCUCCAGAACUUUCACGCAGAAUCGGCCGGGUUGCUGGGCGAGAUCUCGGAGGAGCACCAGUUCAACUUCUUCAACCCAAUACCGGGAGUCGACAUUGAAACCUAA